AUGGAGCCGACAGUCCUGUCAGCCCCUUUGGGGCUCCCCCAGUGGGAGUCAGAACAGCCAUUUCCUCUGGGAUUUCAAACGCUGGAUUCAGACAAUGGUGGAGUGCUUAUUCAAAACAAGACUGGCCAGACAGGUUUGGAUUUCAGGAAAGCUGAUCAGAAUAAAACCUUCCAACAAACUGAUGGAGAAAAUGGUUUUCUGGAUCAGUCUGUAGAUUUGGGCAACCUUAUAAAUGCCUCUUCUUUUUCGCGUGGGAAUUUGAUAUUUGAAGAGGAACACUCCACUAUCGCCCAAGUUUCGAGCCACGGCGCUCGUAUACAAGAAAUAUCUUGCACGGAGCAGAAUGAAGGACUUGAUGAAAUCAGCGAGUGUACUUUGUCUUGGCUCUUUUCUCCCACAUUUGCCGACGUCAUCGGGAAAACCGCUGCCAGUAAGGAGCUGACUCUUACACAGGAUUCCCUUUUUGAGGCCUCAGCCGUACUCAGUGAAGACACGGAGCUUGUAACCCUCAGCGUGCCAUCCUCACCGUCAAAGAUUUGUGAAACCGGUGCAGGUGACCCCUUUCUGUUGGUAGAUUUCCUCUCUGAUGGAUAUUCUACUUUCACCGAGGUGUCCUCGGGAGAGGAGCGGGCCAGCCUCCCUCCCUCGCAGAGCAGGGAGACUUUGUCACCUGAAACCCGAGACAAAGGUUUAUUCCCUGAUCAAGUGACUGACCUGCCCUUAACCAGUAGCGCUACCCUGCAGGAACUACCAGACGACUGCCCGCUGCGUGACCACAUCAGCAAAGCGCGGGAGUGCUUCGAAGGAUCCGUGCCUUUGUUGGAUUUGGAGGUUCCAGAAUCUGACUGCAGUCUGAGCCUAUGCCCGGCCUCUGUUCCCCGCACAGAUGCUUCAUGGGAGGCAUCGGCAGAGGUUUCAGAAGUGGCACGCGCAGAAGCUCCUUUAAUUAGCUGUCCUCCCCCGGAGAAACAAAGCGAGGAUGACUCGCUUUCCCCGGGUUUGGCAGGAGACCCUUCUUUUUUGACACCGGCUGAAGAUGGCGUUCCUCAGGCUGAUCUCACCACUGAGACUCAUUCCUCGGAGAACAUUUCUCAGGAUUUGAUGGAGGACGAAAGUUGCUCUGGAGCCAAAAGUCUGGGGAGCGAGACGAUGGCUUUGGAUCCGUGUUUGACUCUUGAAGAGAUCCACAAUGAUGAACCUUUGGACUUGAAACCACACGAGGGUGCACAGAAUGAAAGUGUUCCCGGUCAUGACGAGGAGCAGAGGGAAGAGAAGAAACCUACGGACUCUGAGCAGCUUGACUCGAGCUGUCACGAAGAGGCUUCUUUUGCAUUUCCUGCUCAAGACGUGAACAUUUCUCCUCCUGAGGCUGAGUGGACUAGCGAGCAGGCUGUGGAUGCCAUCUCCCUCUCUAAGAUGGUGGGAGAUGACUCACUGCCAAUGGUGUCAGCUGCUCAUUCCAGGGAGGAAGAUGUCUCUCCGCUAAAAGCCGUGUUCGAUGCUUUAGACCAGGAUGGGGAUGGAUUUGUUCGCAUUGAGGAGUUUAUGGAGUUUGCGGCCGCCUACGGGGCUGACCAGGUGAAGGAUCUGACCAAGUUUUUGGAUCCCAGUGGCCUUGGCGUCAUCAGUUUUGAAGAUUUCCACCGUGGAAUCUCUGCAAUCAGCAAUGGAGGCCCAGAGCCGCAGCUCUACAACGCCAACUACAGUCCCGGGGACGGAGCCGUGGGCUGUCCAGAGGAGUACGACGAGCAAAAUGAGGUGACAGACAGCGCAUAUCUGGGCUCUGAGAGCACCUACAGUGAGUGUGAAACCUUCACCGAUGAGGACACAGGCGCCCUUGUACCUCCCGAGAUGCAUGAGGAAGUGGAAACCGACAGCGGCAUCGAGGCCACCCUGCACGACCCUGAAGACGGUGGAAACAGGUUUUCCCUGAACUCUGAGCUCCACAGCCACUCCCUGGUAACGGUCAUCAGUGGGGAGGAGGAGCACUUUGAAGACUUCGGGGAAAGCAACACCUCAGAUCUGCUGCUGGAGAACAGCGUGGAAAGCCCUGUGGGAGAGGCGGACUCGCCUCUCACACAGCCCUCCGAGCAGGUCAAUGGCUCCUCGGCCCUCUCUCCCAGUGCACCCGCUUCUCUCCCUGACUGCUUUCAGAGCUUCCUCAGGGAGGAGGCGCUGGACUUUUUCUGUAGCCAGUGUCACAAACAAAUAAGUCGUCUCGAGGACCUCUCCACCCGCCUCAAUUUCCUAGAGAUGACUAGUGCUGGAAAGAGGCUGUCCAGCAAGAAAGUGGCACGGCACCUCCUCCAGAACAGCUCGAUGACUCUGGACACCAUGAGUGACUUAACGCGGGACAUCCUGGAGCUCGCCGACAACGACAUCACGGACAAGGUGACAAAGUCCACCCCCCCCAUACGUCCCUGCCGCCGGCCCUCUGGUCUGAUGGAUUGGUCGGACAGGGUCGCGCGUAACCACAAAGCCCCGACUCCCUUCCAGGUGCUGCUGCUGGAGCGUCGGGUGGCAGAGUUGGAGAAGGAGUCGGAGGCGUCGGGGGAGCAGCACGCGCGGCUGCGCCAGGAGAACCUCCAGCUGGUGCACCGGGCCAACGCUCUGGAGGAGCAGCUGAAGGAGCAGGAGCUCUACGCCGACGAGCAGCUCCAGCAGGAGACGCGGCGCCACAAGGAGGCUCUGAGCAAGCUGGAGAGGGACAAGGAGCUGGAGCUGGAAAACCUACAGGGCAGGCUGCAGCAGCUGGAUGAGGAGAACAGUGAGCUGAGGUCCUGCGUUCCAUGUCUUCGAGCAAACAUCGAGAGACUAGAGGAGGAAAAGAGAAAGCUAGAGGAUGAGGGGGAAUCUCUGUCCGACAGGCUGGAUGACGAGACGGAAUCACGCAGGAAAAUGGCAGACAAGCUGAGUCACGAGCGUCACCAAAGCCAGAAGGAGAAGGAGUGCACUCAGGAGCUCAUUGAGGACCUGCGCAAACAGCUGGAGCACCUGCAGCUCUACAAGCUGGAGGCUGAGGCAAAGAGAGGACGCACUCCCGGGGCAGGGCUGCAGGAAUAUCAGACCCGCACGCGCGAAGCUGAGCUGGAGCAGGAGAUCAAACGACUCAAACAGGACAACCGUACCCUGAAGGAGCAGAAUGACGAGCUGAACGGCCAGAUCAUCAACCUGAGCAUCCAAGGAGCCAAGAACCUGAUGUCGGCCUCCUUCUCCGACUCCCUGGCAGCUGAGAUCAGCUCUGUGUCCCGCACUGAGUUGAUGGAGGCUGUUCACAAACAGGAGGAGAUUAACUACAGACUGCAGGAUUACAUUGACAAAAUCAUUGUGGCCAUCAUGGAGUGCAACCCUUCCAUCCUGGAAGUCAAAUAGAUACCCUACAGUCGGAGGGCCGCUUGCACUGUCUCCACAGAGCCACAGAGGGGAAAAAAAUAGAUAUACGUUUUGGAGACGUAGCAAGAAGAAGACUCGCAGAGAGAAUAUGAAAAUAUUCAGACAUCCUUUUUGGUCAACGGAAAGGCGAAAAAAUGCACAUAACUCACCCAACACCUCCUAUGAAAAAAGAAGAUUUAUAGAUUUUUAAGGAAUCCAUGGUUGUCGGUGGAAAAGUGAGAUUUUUUGUUUUGUUUUGUUUUGUUUGUUGCGUAUCUGUAUAUUUGUACAUGUUAGCCCUCCUGAAUGCACUUGGGUUCUGGUGACGUCCAUGUAUUUGGUUAGAGGGACCCGGGUCUACAUACCGACUGAGUGAAAGUCAAAACGUGUGCAAGAGGUCAGUGUAGAGAGUUGAAGGUCUCGCCCUUCCUCUUCAAAAAAAUUAAGUAAAAAAAAAA